CCGCCCACAAUGAGAGGAGCGAGCCGCGGUGAGUAAGCGGCCGCCGGCCGGGCCGGGCCGGGCCACGCGGGGCGGCGGCUGCUCGGGCAGGUCCGGGCAGCGCCGGGCGGGCGGGGGAGCCGGGGCCGAGCCCGGGACCCCGCGCCGCAGCCCGAGAGCCAGGACACCGAGGCCGCGGCUCCGCCUCCUCCCCGCCCAGCUCUCGCGGCCGGCGGCCGGCGCCCGGAGCUCCGAGCGCGCCCGGGCACAGCCUCACCGGAGCCGCCGCCGGAAACUGGCCCUGAGCGGCGGCCGCUGAGCCGGCCCGAGGCGGGGCCCGAAGUCGGGGCUGGAGCCCGAGCCCGAGCCGGGGCCGGAGGGUGAAGCCUGGUCGCUGAGCCGGGCCCGAGCCCCGCGCGGGUCAUGGCUGGGCCGCGGGGCGCGCUGCUGGCCUGGUGCCGCCGUCAGUGCGAGGGCUACCGCGGCGUGGAGAUCCGCGACCUGAGCAGCUCCUUCCGGGACGGCCUGGCCUUCUGCGCCAUCCUGCACCGGCACCGGCCCGACCUGCUAGAUUUCAAUUCGCUUUCCAAGGACAAUGUCUUUGAGAAUAACUGCUUGGCUUUUGAAGUGGCCGAGAAGGAGCUGGGGAUCCCUGCUCUCCUGGACCCCAAUGACAUGGUCUCCAUGUCUGUUCCCGACUGUCUCAGCAUCAUGACCUACGUGUCGCAGUAUUACCACCACUUCGCCAGCCCUGGCCAAGGUGGUGUGUCAUCACCCAAGAAAGGCCUGGCACCCUCCUCCCUGCCAUCUGCAGCACCCAGCCCAGCAGAACCAGGAGAUGGGGCUCAGGACGAGGAGCUGUCCUCGGGCAGCCUGUCAGAACAGGGCCCCCGCCGGGCCCCCAGCAGCACAUGCGCGGCCUGCCAGCAGCACGUCCACCUGGUGCAGCGGUUCCUGGCUGACGGCAGGCUCUACCACCGGCACUGCUUCCGGUGUCGGCAGUGCUCCAGCACCCUGCUCCCCGGUGCUUACCAGAGUGGGCCCGAGGAGGGCACCUUCGUGUGUGCAGCGCCGUGCACCAGGCUGGGCCCAGGUGGGCGGUCGGGGACCAGGCCUGGGGCCCCCCUGCAGCUGAAGGAGCAGCACCAGCAGCCACUUGCGGGAGAAGCCAAGGCCGUCGAGGGGAGCACCCCCAGUCCUGGUGUGGCUGCCGGGGCUGAGGCUGAUGGGCCCAAGGCCGGCUCCGAGGCCCGGCCCCAGAUCCCCACCAAGCCCCGGGUUCCAAGCAAACCCCAGGAGCUGACCAGCCCCCCACCCGGCCGCCCCACGCCGGCUCCCCGGAGGGUCUCUGAAGGUUCUGCGCCCACCCCCCCAAUGCCCCGGCCACGGUCCAGUCUGCAGCAGGAGAGCCCGGCAGAGCAGGGCGGCAGUGGCGGCCUGGUGAACGGAAGGCUGCAUGAACCCCCUAUUCCCAGGCCGAGAGGGACACCCAAGCUGUCAGAGAGGACACCAGCCCCCAGGAAGGACCCCCCAUGGAUCACGCUGGUACAGGCAGAGCCCAAGAAGAAGCCAGCCCCUCUUCCCCCGAGCAGCAGCCCCGAGCCGCCCAGCGGGCGGGUGGAGAACGGAGGCGUGAAGGAGGGGCCCCAGCGGAGCCCUUCGGCCAGCCUGGAGCCCAAGCCCUACAACCCCUUCGAGGAGGAGGAGGAGCCCCCGGCUGCACCCAGCCCUGCCCCGGCCCACCCGGAGUCCACACCUAAGUCCCUGCACCCCUGGUACGGCAUCACCCCCACCAGCAGCCCCAAGACAAAGAAGCGCCCUGCCCCCCGAGCACCCAAUGCGUCUCCGCUGGCUCUUCACGCCUCCCGCCUCUCACACUCAGAGCCCCCCUCAUCCACCCCGUCACCAGCCCUCAGUGUGGAGAGCCUUACUUCCGAGGGCUCCAGCCAGACUGCCAGCGGGGAACUUCUGGAGCCACCCGCCGUGCCCAAGAGCUCCUCAGAGCCGGCUGUGCAUGCCCCUGGCAUCCCUGUCACCUCAGCCAGCCUCUCUGCCAACUCCUCCCUGUCCUCCUCUGGGGAGCUGGGGCAGCCCAGCAUGGACCGGACACCUCAAGCCAGCCCUGGCCUUGCCACUAAUACUGGGGGCAGCCUAGGUCCCCAGCCAGCCAAGCCUUGCAGUGGUGCUGCUCCCACCCCACUCUUGUUGGUUGGAGACAGGGGCCCCACGCCUUCCCCUGGCACCUCGUCCCCCCAGCUCCAGGUAAAGUCUUCCUGCAAGGAGAAUCCUUUUAACCGGAAGGCAUCCCCUGCAGCCUCCCCGACCACAAAGAAAGCCACGAAGGGAUCCAAGCCGGUGAGGCCGCCUGCCCCAGGACACGGCUACCCGCUCAUCAAACGCAAGGUCCAGGCAGAUCAGUACAUCCCUGAGGAAGACAUCCACGGAGAGAUGAACACCAUUGAGCGCCAGCUAGAUGCGCUUGAACACCGUGGGGUGCUGCUGGAGGAGAAGCUGCGUGGCGGCGUGAAAGAGGGCUGCGAGGAUGACAUGCUGGUGGACUGGUUCAAGCUCAUCCACGAGAAGCACUUGCUGGUGCGGCGCGAGUCCGAGCUCAUCUACGUCUUUAAGCAGCAGAACCUGGAGCAGCGCCAAGCUGAUGUGGAGUAUGAGCUCCGGUGCCUUCUCAACAAGCCCGAAAAGGACUGGACGGAGGAGGACCGGGGCCGGGAGAAGGAGCUGAUGCGGGAACUCGUGACCCUCAUCGAGCAGCGCAACGCUAUCGUCAACUGCCUAGACGAGGACCGGCAGAGGGAGGAAGAGGAAGACAAGUUGUUGGAAGCUAUGAUCAAGAAGAAGGAGUUCCAGAAGGAGGCUGUGCCCGAGGGCAAGAAGAAGGGGAAGUUCAAGACCAUGAAAAUGCUGAAGAUGCUGGGAAACAAGCGCGAUACCAAGAGCAAGUCCCCCGGGGACAAGAGCUGACGGCAAGGGAGCCAGCCAGAGACUGCCAUCCACUCCUGGCUCUGCCUGGGCUGUGCCCCGCUGCUGGGGGCCCCCUGCUUCCCUUCAGGAUCAAGCGCGAGGAGAGAUGAAUUAUGGGAGGAGGCCGCUGGGCCAGGGCCUCUCCCUCCUCGUGGUCCUCCUUCUGGUCUGGGCCAAAGAGUUUCUUCUGUCUUCUUCGAGCCCAAGCAGCUGCAGCUCAGCCCUGCCCAGCCUGGUUCUGAGGACUCCAGAGGCCGUGACUGACCCAAGGAGCAGGAGCGUGCAGGGUGCCAGGAGGGGCGGCAACUGAGUGCACCUGCCCUCUCGCCCCUCCCAGCCACCGCUGUGAUGGGGCAGCUCUCUAGUCCCUCUUCCCUUCUGUACCGAAUCCAGGUGGGAGAGUUAGCCAUCCUUCCCUCCAUGGGGUCACGGCAGACCCCUGCAGCCCAGUCUCCUAACUCCAGGGUUCUGCCCCUCCUGGCAGCCAGCCAGCGGGGCCACCUCUCCUUCCUGCCCCGGCCCUGGCUCCCAGGCCCUGUCUUCCUUCCCAGUGCAGGCCCCCCGGCCCUGCACCCCAGUUCCUCCUCACUCAGGAGCUCUAUUUAUGAAGUCCCUAAUUUAGUGUGAGUUAUUUCCUGAGUGGUCUGGGCUUAGUCCUCAGACACAAACUGCGUGAUGGGCAAAUUCCUCCGUCUCUCUCUCCAAGUCCGGAGAUGCCUCCUGCAUUUCUCCUUAUUCCCUAGGGCUGUGAUGGCCAUGCUGGGGCAGGUGGGUGUGCCUGUCCCUUCCCCUAAACUCCCCCCGAGGGCUUGAGUCCCCCAGCAAGGGCCUCUGGGAGGCAGGCUUGUUUUCAGUUCCAGUUCCUGAUCAUCAGCCUAGGGAGCUUGCUCCUCAAGUCGGUGCUAAUCCUGGAUCCUUAACCCUCUGUUGUCCGAUCCCUAAUUUAGAGCUCAGGUCUAGGAUAGCGGGCCUCCUUCCCGCCUGUGGUCGUGGCUGGCUCUUCUUCACCCCACCUUAUUCACCACUGCAGGAUUGAGGCCCACUCACCCACCAUCAGGGCCGUGGGAGAGGAGAAGCCCGUGGGGCCAACCCCCUUUUCCCCAGGGAAUGUGCCCACCAGCCCUUGGUCGAAGCACUGUUGCUAUAAGCUAUCUCUGGGACACCUCCGGGGCUCCCUUCCCUCAACACGCCUCUGGGGAAAGAUCGCACUGUAUUAACUCGCGAGGAUCUUCCUCACCAACAAUAAAUGGAGACCACUUCAGUUGCCAGUG